UCCCGGACCAUUCUCCCCACCAACGGGCGUGCAGUAGGUGUGCAUGCAUGGCGUUUGAUGGCGUUCUUCAGCCACACAGACCUGCGUCGCUGUAAUGUCAUUCGUGUCUGCCACCCAGUUGCCUGAGAACUAGGUGGCUCGGUCUCCAUUUGCCAUUUGCCAUUUGCCAUCGGCACUGCACCGCGAAUGAAUGAGGGAUAAAGAGGACGCAAUGUCGGGCCACAGCCGGCGCUUUCGGCAUCCAAUCUAUAUCCACCCGUCCGUCACAAAUUCUCUUCUCACCUCGUUCGUCACAUUCGCCACAUUCGCAGCCUCUCAUUCGUCCCGCCGUCGACCCAACCUCCUGCUUCCGACCCUCUGGAUGUCGCUCCUCUUUGACACGUUCGACUCGAGCUCGCCGGACCUGUUUUUCGACGAUUUUAUCGAGUCGCUGAGCCCCCUCUCGACCGAUGUCACGCACCAGUUCUCGUCCAUAUCCACCCUCAAUCGGUCCUAUACCAAAUGCAAGUCUCGUCUGGGCAAACUCAAGGACCAGUAUCUCUCGACGCUGCAGUACGAAGUCGAGUUCCCGGAUGCCCCGGACGACAAGUCGCCUCUGCAAAGGGAGCUCCUGGACUCGAUCGAGUCGGAUUAUCUGAGAAAGUUUGAGGAAGCCAAGCGCAUCUCGUCCGAGAAAAUCGAUCUCUGCCAGAAGCUGCUGGACCUGGUCAACAAGCAGACUCUCCAAGUCGAGGCGGCGUGCCAGUACAUGGUUGCAAUGACAAAGUCGGGCGAAGCCGAUGGCGGGUCCUGGGGCGACCUCGGGUCGCUGACGCCGUUCAAGAAGCGGAUGGACGUGCCGACAGGAACAACCCCGUUGAAGCGCAAGCAUACCCACGACGACGGCGAACUUUACUCGCUAACGCCACCACGCAAGCACUCUGCUUCUCACUCUGGCUCUCGCAAGUCUCACAGCCCUGGUGAUGGCCUGCCCAAGCACCUGCGACAGACUCUGUCGCCCCGAAAAACAACGCAACCCGGCGACCAUUUCGAUGAAAUCCAAGAAGACGAAGCGCCGUACUGUCUCUGCCGUGGCCAGUCUUAUGGCGAUAUGGUCGGAUGUGACAAUCCGGAUUGCCCCAUCGAGUGGUUCCAUCUGUUUUGCGUUGGCCUUUCAGCCGUUCCCGAGGGCAAGUGGUACUGCACGCCGUGUCUGCUGGCCGGGCAUGGACGUCCCCAGCGCAUGGAAUCGCAGAGCGAGCCCAGGUCAGCCGGUGGCAGGGACUCGACGGUACGUGCAGACGCAAGCGCGAAUGCGAUCGCGCAAGCGGCCGAGGAGACAGUAUCCUUGGACAGUGGCACCAAGCUUCCGGAUAGUGCCCAACCCGAUGCCGCCAAGUCAGCAACACAGCCGAUCAAGAAGCCCGAGAAGAAGCGCGGUCGCAAAUCCAAAGCCGAGCUAGCAGCGGCAGCAGCAGCGGCGGCGGCGGCGGCAGCAGCAGCAGCAGCAGGGACAACGAUAGAUCAGCCUGUUGCCAUGACACUGGACGGUGCCGCUGCGGCUACCGGCUCUGCAAGUGCGUCACUGGAUCCUGCGUCCGGCGACGGUGAAUCCGCAGGGGCUGAGAAGCCACCGAUGCCGAUCACGCCAAAGACCAAGAGCGCUAGGCGGCCGAUCAUCACGCUCACUGUUGGCAAAGAUGGCUCGAGCACCAAGAAGGCGCUCCAGAUCAAGCUGCCGGUCCGGUUGGGGCGGCCACCAAAGGCGCCAUCGUCGGCCGCGGCUGACGAGACAGAGACCGAGUCCAGCCGGACGCUCUCAGACAGGCCCCAAACCGAAGAAGCGCACGAAACUGAAUCCUCCACGAUGCAUACGGAAGGCAGUGAGACUGUGGCGUCGACGUGUGGAGCGACGGACAACACCGCGUGAAUGCCGAGCGACGAACGGAUGCAAUCGCGGAUGUCCCAUGUCCCAUGUACAUGUUUUGCCCCCGUCGCCCUCCUGGUGCGUGGACCGUGAUGAGCGCGGCGAGGACAAUGGCGCGAUGCGAAUAUAGCUGUCUCUUUCAAACCA